AAGAAAGUCUAUUGCGGCGUGUAGAAACAAAAUUGCUCCUAUAAUCUCUCUCAGUCUCUCCUUGUCCCUUGCUAUCUGUCUUGGGAAUUCACAAAAAUGUCAAUCUCAAACUCGUUCCUACCAGAUGAACUGUGGAGACGAAUCCUAGAAAUCGGUAUCAAAACCAGCGGUUUUAGGUACAAGGACCUCUGCUCUAUCUCCAUUUCUUGUAGACGCCUCCACCGACUCUCCAAUGAAAACUCGCUCUGGUCUCACCUUCUCUCCUCUGACUUUCCGUCCUCUUCAUCAUCAUCAUCAUCAUCAUCAUCAUCAUCAUCAUCGACGACCAAGUCUAGCACCAAAACCCUUUACAGAGAAAGGUUUGAGAGAGAUAGAGAGAAGAAGUUAGCGGUGAAUAGGAGGAUUGUGCUUAGAAAGGAGAGUCAAAUUGUGGAGCAUUCUAGAAAGAUUCGAGAGAUCGAGACUCGGUUGGCAGAUGAGAACCAUAAAUUGAAGACAACUGUUUCUGAAUUAUCACAUUUACGACUCCUCAGACAAGCUUCGGUGGCUUUGAAUGUGUGGCAGCCAGAGGUAAUCCGAGGUAGACAAAAAGAAAUAGUUGGGCAAUGUGUUGUGCCUGUGGAAUCUCGGAUUCAUGCCCUUGAGAUGGAACUUAGGCUUUGCAAGCAACAGAUUUUGGGGUUUGAAAAAGCUCAUAAAGAUGAAAAACGAAGGCUUGAUACAGCAAAAGAAGAACUGGUUUCAAUGAAGUAUCACCCUCUACGAGAUUAUACCAUGGAAAUGAAUGGUGGGGACAAAGAAUGUAACAUCAAGAGAAAGAAGUUGAAAAGAUGCCACAAAGGUGGGAAGCACAUUCUAAUGUGCCCUACUUGUUUGUCCAGGUGAUGGAUGAAAGCCAAGGUAAAACAUCAUGGGUUAGUAGGUGUCCUGGAUCAACUUGCCGAUCCCUCCUCAGUAGUUGUUGUAUAAACCAUCCAGACUAGCCUUGUUGAGUGAGUUACUGCACAAGGCAUUGAUGAGCCUUGCAACAAUGGGACAAUGAUUAUUGGAAAGAUUUCUGGAGCCAGAGUUCUUGAUAAUAUUGUAAACUUUGUUGCAGCCAUCGGUAUGGCUUUUCAGUGUUAAGCUUGUGUAUCAUUAUCAAGUUCUCUUUGCUUAUACAGAAGUACAAUCUUCAUUUAUUUUGAAUUUUCAAGUUUA